AUGUUGUUCCCGCAAACACUCCUGCUGGCAUGGCUCGGCAUCGGCCCAGCCUACGCCAAGCUGGAGGGCUCCGGGCCCGGGCUCGGUCGACGACAAGCCGCCACCCUCCCGGACCGAACCCCGUUCGGCUUCGGGUCCCAGGCGACCGGCGGCGGCUCCCCGGCCGCCCCCAACUCCACGUACGUCGUCGACAACAUGAUGGACCUGCGGACAGUCCUGGCGAUGGACACCCCUCGCACAGUCUAUGUCCAGGGCGAGAUCAUAGGAAGCCAGAUCAACGAGACGGCUUUUGGGAGCUGCCAGUACUACAUCGACUCGAGCAAUGUCCCCGAGUACAACUUCACGCUGUAUAUCAUGGCCUAUAAUACAACUUACACCGAUUCUGUGAAGGCUGCUAUGGCCGCUGAUCAGACUUUCGAGGGCCGGAAUGCGACUGAGUACCUGACGCUUUUGAACCAUCAGAAUUGGGAUGGGGGCUCAGAGCUAACGGGUGAAAUCCAGGGAUGGCGCGGAACGGCCCAGAACGUCCAGAAGUCACUGGAGUCGAUCGACGCGAAGGGAAACCUGACACUAAUCGGCUCCGACUCGGCCGCCUACCUAAACGGCGUCUCCCUGAUCUUCAACACGCGCUCCAACAUCAUCAUCCGCAACCUGCGCAUCUCGCCUCCGCGGGACUGCUUUCCGGCCCCGGAGACCUACCCCAGCAGCUGGAACGCGCGCUACGACGCCAUCUCGUUCGUGACCACGACCAACGCCUGGCUCGACGGGAACAUCCUCGAGGACGGCCCGCAGCCCGUGGCGCCCGACGACUUCAUCUGGGGCUGGAAGGUGGACCGCUACGAUGGGCUGUUCGACGUGGAGGACGGCUCCGAUAAUAUCACGUUCAGUCACAACAUCGUCGCGAAUCACCACAAGAGCAUGCUGUGGGGCGGCGGCGAGAAGGAGGGACCGCGCGAUAUUGGGAAGAUGAGAUUCACCGUGUUUGGCAACCACUUCGUGAACUCGUCGAGUCGGAACCCGCUGAUGCGCUUUGGGACGUUCUAUGUCGUCAACAACCUGUUCUCGAAUUAUCAGAAUCAGGAGCCCUUAUUUGAUUACAUUAACGACGAUGGGGUGGAAGCGGUGUCCACAGGUAUCCGGAAACGGGAUGAUGCUUAUGCGCCCGAUUUCCAGUAUCAUUUGGGCAUAUACAACAUGUCGUCCGUCCUGGUAUCAGGCAACUACUGGGACCAAACCGGGACCGACCCCAACGACAAGACACGCUUCUUCACAUUCCAAAACCUCGCAACACCAGAUCUACCCGGCACAUUUUGCUCACCCCCAGACCUGUCCACCGCAGACGCCUCUACAAACUCACAACUGAGCAGCCUAACCCAGCCACAGAGUUCUAUCAACGGAGUAGGGCUCAACAUGACAGACAACGUCUUCCAGACCUUUGAAUACUACCUCACUACACACGACGACUCUGUCCUGGCUGGUUUGGUUGGGAGCUGUGAGAAGUUUGCCGGGCAGGAUAUGCCGGUUAGCUUCGAGACGACGGAGGAGGUCUAUGAGUAUGUCAACUCGAAUGCUGGGCAGGUGGGACGGAAUGUGCCGUGA